AUGGGCCAGAGACAUAACCGACGCCGAACACGCCCUCGACAUCACUCCAGUCAAGAACCAUCAGUCAAUCAAGUUGCGAGCUUACCGGCAAUUGCAUCGCCUGUCUUGAGCCAUCCGAGUCCAUACGCCCGACCAUCAGUUGCAUGCAAUUCACCUGGAUCUCCGGCGCCAGCGACCCUCGCCCCUACCUGGCAAUAUGGGUAUACCGCAUGGCAGAUCCGUGAAGCCCCUCAACAGAAAACUGGUGGAACCGAGGCUGCCCAGUACCGUCUCUUUGGCGGCGAGCCGGGCGACGAUCUGAGUCUCUGCUAUCGUAUGCUGGAGUACUUCGGUGGACUCGACUUUAUCGACUCGAGACAAGACUGCACUCUUGGAGAUUGA